GCUGAGUGGCAUAACUAUGACGGGUGAGCUUGACCCUAGUCACGCCCUGCUUGACUUGGCAAACCAGAUGCAUGAGUCUGGUGUCAUAGUUUGGCUGGCACCUUCAAAGUGCAGCAAAAGGGACGACGAGGUGCAGAUGUCUUUGAAAGAUAGCAAGUCGUCCGUCCAAGUCGAGAACUCCCAGUUGAAGGUUGGGCCCAGUGUGGAGGUGGACACUCUGCAGUUGUUUGCAGAGAUGCCAAGAAAGGUUGACACGCCGAUCCCACUGAGCCAUGUGAGAAAAUUCGAAAAGAAGAUCGCAGUGGUUGAGGUGGGGCCCUUGGACAUCAGUCCGAACAGUACCAAAGUGCACUUUGCACAGUGUCUGGAUAGCGCCUUCAUGUGGAACAUGCAGCAGAGCAAGAGAAAAAAGACUGGUGUCGCUGGAGCGAAUUUGGAAAAGUUCAUUGGCACCCUUCCAAAAGGUGCCAAGGCAGUUGCACGACAAGUCAUUACAUGGGGGGAUUUCCGGUCGACACAACUGAAAGAUGGCAAAGAUGUAGUUCUGAAUGUGACUGCCCUUUUUGCGGUUGAGAAGGUAAACAUCGGGAUUCCCAGCGAUCCUGAACAGUUCAUCGAGCGUGCCAUUGUCCAACGUUUUCAAAACCCGUACAAAGAGACCUUCGAUGUCCAUGGACACCCUGAAAGGGAAGAGUUGCUGAGCAACACCUCAUGGAGCGUGGAGUCACUGCUGACGCUGCUUGGGCUGGACUACGACCACGCGAAAGAUGGCAAGAAGUUCCAACCUUUCCAUCGAAAGUUCAAGAUGCUGGGACUCGAGGUUCACCUUGAGCGUUCUGAACAGAUGGAAGUUACUGUUGGACAAACCGAGGAUCGAAGAAAUGAACUUGUGACAAAGAUCAGCGACAUCCUGGCCGAGGACUGUUUAGACCCUAAGGAGGCCGAGAGACUUCGAGGGCGCAUGGUUUUCUUUGAAGGUUACAGUUUUGGGCGAAACGCCAAUGCUGCUGUAAAGAACCUUGGCAGGUUUUGCGUUGAGAGAGGAGGCAAGAGACGCUUGGAUGAUUCUUUGAAAGGUAGCUUGCUUUUGUUGAGAGACAGGGUGUUGAGCGCACCACCAAUCACCGUUGGCAGACAGAUGUGCGACACCUGGAUCAUCUUCACAGAUGGCGCUUGCACUCCGGAGAGCCAGGAAGGAAGCAUAGGUGCCCUGAUAGUCUAUUGCAUAGACAAUGAGUCGUCACGGAUGGCUUUUGUGAAAGGGGCCGGAGACGAGGUGGUGUUGCCCGUGGAGGGGCAGGGGGAGGUGGGGCACAUUGCAUUCCGCCGCCUCCAGCGUUUCCACAAGUGGAGGGGCGCGUGCCCGGUUAUGGGGUGCAAGCCCAUAGGUAUGGAGCGAGCGGAAGACAUGAGCAUGCUGCUGCCGUGCGGCCGGAGUUUGCUUCGAGCAGCCGCCCAGGAGUAUGGCUUUCCGCCUCAGGAGCCUCAGAUGGAGCCAGGUGUGUUCUACGGCUAUCAAAAUCGGGUCGCGCCAAACCUAGAUUCAAGCGACAAAAAUCCGCCUAUGUCAUAUGCCCUUCCGGAAGCCACUCCCCAAAUGAAGAAUGAGCAGGUGCUUGCCGUCAAUCCUCAAGGGACCGUGAGGUCCAUCUCUCCCUCCGGAUACGAAGACAGCGGCAGACUAACCGUGAACGCGGCCUGGGCCCCCAAGGGGUGGUUCCAAGUCAAUGCCACUGGACGUCUUCACCGUAUUUACGGUGAUCAAGUGAACCGAGGAUAG